AUGGCGUCCAACAAGAGGAAGAAGAAGGACAAUUCGGACGAAGAAAGUGAUCGAGGCUAUUGGGAGAAGGAGUGUCUGAAGACGGAUGUGCAGCUGAAAGAGGUGAACGAAGAGCUGGUGGAAAUAGCUGCGAAGAAUAGAAGGCUAGAAAUGCAAUUGAAACAUGUCAACGAUGAACUCCUUCGAUCCAAGUCAGAGCUAAGUGCUAGAGGUGUUAUCGAGUGGCUUGAAAGAAAACAAGAUUUCAUGAUGCCGGCUUCUAUCAGACGGGGAAAAGAGGCAUCCAAU